AUGACUCCCGGACUUACUCCUCUCAAACAGCCCAUCGCGCUGCGCACAGAAUACCUGGCCUCCAACACGACCAAAAUCCGGGUUAAACAGCACAGCAUACGCUGGUCAUCCGGCAACUUCACCGUCUCGACCGUUCCGACCGACGGUUCCCCCGCCGAGACUCUCUUCACCAUCGAUGGAGACUUUGGUUCCUGGAGUCAGCGACGGCAUGUUCAAGACGCAUCUGGUCUGCCGCUCUUUGAGAUCUCCCGCAAGAAACUCGGUGUGACCUGGUUCGUUCACCUACCGGGCAGCAAAGAGAGAGACAAUGCGCAGCCCAUAGCAACGAUCGUUCCCCAGUGGCACGCCUUGAAGGAUAAGUUCGACAUCCACUUCAAGAAUGCGGCUGGCGGGGACGCCGACCUGGUUCUGAACGUGCGCGGUCAGGAUAUCUGGAAGUGCAAAACACAUGUGUACCAUGGAGACGUAUUGGUCAUGACUUCGAAGUUGGCCGACAUGGUGUCGGUUUACAUCCCAGGUAAAGGGCCAAAUUGGGAGCUAGAGGUUGCUGAGGGAAUGGACCUUUCACUGGCAUCGCUAGUUGGAGUUCUCCUAGCCACUCUGCUGUACCAGAGCAGCUACAAAGGCACAGCACCAGAGUCGUCCGGCAAACAUCCUGCCCUUGGGGGCAAGGAGAAAGAACCACUGCCGUAG